AUGUUUCCGAUCAUUCCCACUUUAAUAUUCAGUACAGACAGUUGGCUACGAAAAUAUACAAUGUAUUUGUACCAGUUGAGUUUUGUAUUUCUAUUCGGAGCUAUUAAUACAUUUGAUAUUCCAAGGAACAAUAAUUGUACAUCCGAUUUGACAAUCGAUAAUGAUCAAUAUAAAGUUGCUGGUGUGUAUCAUAUUGGCGAUAGCUUCCCAACAGAUACUCAAUACGAUAAAUAUGGUAAUUUAUUCUUCGUGGAGGCAGGCCGAAGCACUCAAGGCUAUUACUUUGAUGGUAAAAUGAUAAAAGCCAACUCCAGUACGCCAGAGAAAAUAUCAGGACUGCCAGACGGCCUCUGCUACUCUGUUGCAGUAGACAAGAAAAAUAUGAAAGUGUAUUUUGGAACAGGAAAAGGGAUAUACAAUUACAAUUACGAUUCAGAAGACACAACCUUGAUAUCAUCUCCAGAUCUAAAGUCCAACAAUUUAUAUGUUGAUAAAGAUGGUAAUAAGUACAUCACUCAAAGUCCAGAUGGUGUCGAACAAUUAUAUCUUCUUUCUGAUAAAAGAAAAAUAAGAUUUAAGACAUUUGAUGCACUAGAUGAACUGGCUGUUGAUGAUGAUAACAACUUUUACUUCAUCAGAGAGGAGAAGCUUUUUGUACUCAAGUCUAAUCUAUCAUCACCUAUAUUUGUUGGCAAUGUUACUUAUGAUGGCUAUGCACAAAUAACAUUCAAUAAGGACAAAGUAUUUGUCGCUAGCGAAACAUUGAAUUAUCUCCACGAAAAUGAUACUGGAAAACUAAAACAAGUCAAAAGUGCUCCAGAAAAUAUUACAGCUGUUGCCUUUGACUAUUCACAUAAUCUCGUCAUUGGUACGAGAGGAAAGAUAAUUAAGUAUAAGAACAAUGAAACUGGUGUGUGUUAACAUAGACAAAAUUAAUUUUGACUAUGCAAUUUAUUUCUAAGUGAAACACAGAAUAAAGCAUGUUAGAUUAACAUUAAUUAAUUAUACAAAAUAAAUUACAUAUCUAACUUACA